AGUGUGAAAUGAUAUGUGUCAAGUUUCGUGUUUGAAUAUCCUCGCGGAAGCUGUUCCUGGUUCUGCGAGAACCCAAGAAACCCCAAGCGAAGGCAAUGAAAGGUUUUGCGAAUGAGUCGUCGCCUUUGCGUGCCGUAUAGAAGCAAAAGUCUUUGUUUUUACCCUGAAGAAUAGGGCCGCCUCUUUGGUAGAAGAAGAAGAAAAAAAAAAUGAGCCCGUGUAAUAGUGGCUUUCUAGCGUGCGUUGGGUGUUUUGGUUAAUUUAAAGUGUCCUCGCUUUCGUCAUCGUGCAAGUGUACAGGGCGCGGAAAAAAAACCCAUUGGCAAUGGAAGGAGUGGCACGUGAAUAGACGCUUUUGUAUCUUAUCGGAAGUGAAUGUUCUCAUCCCUGUAGCCUCGAAGCAAAUACCAUGUGCACGUACACUAACGACGACGAGAGUGUUCAGCAAAGUGCAUGGAAAAGUUCAUGAGCAAUUAAAGAUGUGAUCUGUCCUACGGAACAUGAGUAGCAGUUCUAACGCCGCAAGCGCGUUGUGUAAGCGUGAAAGGUUAGCGAAAAGAAAUAAAAAAACAACAACAACAAAGAAUCGUUUGAUGAUAAACGCGCCCUCAACACCAAGCAUAGCUUACUGCGAUGAAAAGAUUCCCUCGAAUACUCGAUCAAUGGGCACUCGAUUCGACGAGGCGUUAGAGCAUUGGUAAUUUGUUCCUUUUUGUGGCAAGAUAGAAGAUCGUUUUGGGCUGGUUUGACGAAAAAAAAAAACGAUGGAGCGCGUUUGGCGUAAAGUGAACCAGGGUCUAACGCUUCGGUCAUCGUCAUCGAAAACUGCAAUCGGUACCGGAGGUGGUGCGCAGACUUCGUCAUCGCCAGCAACAGGAACGUUGGGUGGCUCUGUUGUAGCUGGCCCAUCCGUUGUGCCGCACUCGACGGAUACCACCAGCUCGGCCGGUUUUGGGGAAUCGCAAGUGGUGGCCGUCCAACGGCGCCGUUCCGUUGGUCCGCAGGCUAGUACAGCGUCGUCGGAGAAGAGACGACGACGGAGGCGACGCAGCCGGCCUAGCAGGGAAGGCGCUCCCCCACCCAGCCAUGCUUCCAGUGGCCACCAUAAAGGACACUCGUCGAGUGGACGUCGUGGAAACAGUCAAUCCGUUACCAUCGCACAACAAUCCAACGAACAAUCGCUGAGACAACGAGCAGUUGCACGACUGAAGAUGUUCAAUUUUAAUCUGAAUUGGGAUCUGCACAUGACGCAGUGCAAACCAUGCGGGCCUAAGAGUGGCAACAUUAUCACUCGGAGACUGUGUCGUAACAGGCGCGGUGAGGACAACGAACUUUACCGUUCGAACAGCUUCAAAUUCGAGCGCUUCGAACGUAAGGAUCCGAUGGAUACCGGCUCCAGGACGAUGCUUCGCAAACAGAUAUCCGUCUGUGAUGACUACAGCUUACCGAUUGACUUCGUAAAGAAACGACCGUCCAGUUUUGAUCCCUGCCUCGUCCAACAUAUACCAAACAACUGGGCUUCACCGAGCCCACAAUCAGAGCACGUUUCAUUUCUAGAACCAUUGAUACUGCAACAACCCUUGUCAGCGGUUCCGCCCAACGCCAACACCGUACCGGGAAGCGGUCCAACGAUACUAACUGGCAUUCCGCCCGGUGGAACGAUCGGUCGCCCAUCGUUGCCCUUGGUACCGUCGGCUUCCGGUCCUUCGAUUUGUCCACUGCAACCCGCACCGGAUGCAGCGAGUGCCGCGGCUGCCAAUACCGUCGCUAUCAAGACGCUAGAGGAGAUAUUCGACACGCGGCGGAGUUAUAAAGCCACCGGAAGGCACCGUGCUAGAAGCCGUACACGUCGCUCGGACAGCUGCUCGGAAGUGAAGUACAUAAAUCAAAACUUUAGCUCCGGAUCAUCGGCCCCAAUAAGCUCAGACGAGGAGGACAACGACGACGAAGAAGAGGACGAGCUGAGCAAGAUACCUGAGCUUAACUCCCCGGACAGUAUCUCCGACGAUCUCGUGCAACCGUUGCCACUCCGACACAGUCCCAUCCGUACGGCGGGUCCUGACACGGCCAAAAGGAACCCCUCACCGUACUACUACUCGGAUCUGCUAAAAAACAAGCAACGCCAGCAGGCAGACGAACCGGAACGCGAAGCCACCCCGGCAGAGGAAGCGCCGGUAGAAAAACCACCCACCCGACCAGGUCGCGAAGCACCCGGGCGGUACAAAAAGAGCAGCAGCUUGGACACCCCCGGUGCGGAGAAAGAAGUCUGCCUACCAAAGCGCUACUCGAUCACGGAGGAAGGCGUACGCAUCAUCCGGUGCGAUUCGCCAUCGACAACUACCUCGGACGAUUCGGACUGCUCCGAAUGUCGCAAGCGGCGCGUGUGGCAUGCGCAAGCGUUAGCCAUCGCUCGUGCCAGCUGUAGCGUCGGUCCACCGGGUGAUCCUUGUUCGAUGCCACCGCACCGGUUGCUCGGACCAGCGGCGGUCUGUGCCUGUGCCACGCCGGCCUUCGGCGACGACAACGAUGAGCUGUUCCGACCGCGCAGCGUCUUCUACGUGCACCAACCGGGCGCCGACAACUGUGCCGACUGUUCACUGAGCAGCGAUCCGGUGGCCCACGGUCCGGUGGCGGCCGGUCCGGACGAGAUGGCGAACGUGCGGACGCGCCAGAUCUACGAGACGGCGUUCGAUGCGAAGAUCACGCGAUCGGACGACGAUCUGGAUGCGGUUGAUCGCGUCACGAACCAGAGCGUGCUGUUGCAGCUAACGAAGAGCACGAGCAGCAGUGCUGCGAGCAAUGUACCGGGUCAGGCCCGCACCAAGCGGCUUGAGACGAAGCGGACGAAAUCCGCGACCAGUAGGGUCCUUCCGGCUUCCCAGCCGGGUCCUUCCGGUGAGAGUGCGACCGGUGAUGAGCCUGGCCACGAGGAACCGACCCAGCUGGCGCAGGAGCUGCAGGAUAAGCUGCAGAUCGACACGCAGAUGGACAAUAUCGCGAACGCGAACUCCACGUCUUCCUCACAGUUGCCGUUGCGCGGGUACACACCGUCACCACCGUCGACGGCACCACUCCCGAUGAAGUUUCCCGGCAAGCACGAGCGGUUCUUCAUCAACAGCAUCAAGAGCGCCCCGAAUCUGCCCGCCUCGAACGUGGUGGCGCAACAUCCGCGUCUCAAGGAUCUGCGGUUGGAUAUGGCGCAUGGACGGGGCAACGAUGCGCCCGCGGGAAGCUGUGAUGGUGAACGGCCCCGUUCGACGCUCUGUCUCGAGCCGGAGCGUGUGCUGGAGCUAAAGCGGGGCCAUCGGAACUCGCAGCAUCAUCAUCACCACGGCAAAUCGUCGGCGGGAGCGGCACACCAGCAGCGUGGACGGAAUUUUUCCUCCACCGAGAGUAUGGCCACGUCGAGCAGUGGCGGUAGCAUGGAGUCACUAAAGUCGAGCACCAGCGAGGGCAAUCGAAGUACGUCCAGUUCCGAUUCGCGCCAUUCGUCGUCGCUUAGCUCGCACAGCUCGGAUUCCGGGCAGGUGCUUGCGUUCCCGCUGCGCGUGCCGGUUGCGGUGCAUAAGCUGAACAUCCUUAGCCCGAUUUCGGACAAAUCCUCGCAGGAACCGGGCUCGGAGACGUCGGACAUUAACAACCGGAACAACAACUCCCAGCGACAGUCGCCGGUGGAUGGCACGGGACCGGCGGGGGUUAAGAAUCGUGCCGAUGUCGAGGACCCCGCGGAGACUGGGAAAGCGAACGUUACCAAAAGACGGUCCGCACCGAACAAGGCGUUGCUGCUGAUCACGGGUCCCGAAAUCCAGGGUUCUGAUAGUGGCAUUUCGUUGCAUUCGCGUGAGGAUCUUAAGUCGAGAACGACCUUCCUGAAUGCUGGAGCUCAGCGUGCGUCCUUGGGGAUGGAAAAGGUGACCGAUGGCCACGGUGGCAAGGUGGUUGGGCUUCCGCAGGAUUUGAAUGAUCUUCCGUUCGACAUGCCGAAGCUGCGAAGAAGACGCGCUCAUCUGCAGCAGGAACCCUGCACUUCCGGUAGCGUGACGUCGGUGGAUGUGGGUGAUUUACCCUUCGAUAUGCCAAAGUUGAGGCGCAGAUUGCGACUGUCCCAGAACCAGCAACAGCAGCAACAGCAACAGCAGCAACAACAGCUGCAGCAGCAGUUGCAACACCCAUUCCCAGCCGGAGCACCCACAUCGUCCGGAAUGCUGCUGCAGACGAGCACCGAAUCCAGUGGAUUGUCGCAGGCCUCCUCCAGCCUGUCGAUGCGAGACUCCGACAGUAAGCUGGCCCUUGCCGGGGGUUUCUUCAAGCAAAGUCUCACGCUUAAUUUGAACGAGUGCGGUAGCCGGCCGCCGAAAAAAUUCGGUACCCUCGAUCUCGGCCUGAACCUUGGAUCCAACCGGCCAAACGUGGACCUCAUCGAUGCAUCCAUCCCGCUCGAUCGCCAAGGCUGGUACCACGGAUCCAUCAGCCGUAUCGAUGCCGAGAAAAUCCUACGCCCGCUGUCCGAGGGCAGCUUUCUGGUGCGAAACAGCGAAUCAACCCGGCAGGACUAUUCGCUCACAUUAAAGAGUGCUAAGGGCUUUAUGCACAUGCGGAUACAGCGAGAUGCGGACUCGGGCCAGUUCAUCUUGGGUCAGUUUAGUCGACCGUUCCCGACGAUACCGGACAUGAUACGGCACUUCUGCCUGAACCGGCUGCCGGUGCGAGGUGCCGAGCAUAUGUGUCUUUUGGAGCCGGUCAUCGCGCAGAUCCUGUGAACGGUGGCGUGAGCUCACGAUCAAGGACAAGCAGGAUCCGACCUCUCUCGGGAAGAACACCUGGCAACUCCGGGUAGCAUUCGUAGCUUGCGUGGUUCGCAGAUGUAGUUGCGCCAUAGCCCGCAGUACGUAGAUCAUUUGCAUACUUCAAUUAGGCGGCAGUACUACACCAUUACCAGGCCGAACAAGGGGCCGCUUCCAGACGCCGUCAAAACGGGAGACUUACUCAAUCAAAUCAUCUUCCAGUGUACAAAGUGUCCGAGUUUAGGUUCCGUAAGGCUUUCGGUUGCAGUGAUGUUCCACGGUUCUUUUGCGUUCGCUCCAUUUUACGACAAUAAUUGUUUUGUUCUGCAAAGCAACGGAACGUACCCCCAGUGAAAGGAUACGCGGGCGGCCAGGCAUAGACGAGGACGGUUGGUUUGAAUGGCUAUGAUAAAAAAGGGUGGCAAAAGGAAGUUGUAGGAGAUAUAGACGAAUGGAUAUGAUGACGAAAAAGGAAAUGUAAAAGAUAUUAACAAGAAACGAAGACAAGAGAGAGAGAGAGAGUGAGAGAGCAAAAGUAAAAUUAUGCGAAAAAGGGGUUGCUAGAAUCGAUGAGAAACUCGUAAGCUAAAAAAAAACGAAGAAAAAAAAAGAACGAUGUAGAAAGCAGGUGUGUAGAAAUGUCGUUUCAAAUGUUGUGAUACAAGAGCCGGAUAUACUCGUUUUGUUGACAAAAUUCACUAGUUUCCUUCACAAUUCACGUUACAAUUAGGUCUGCGCUGCCGGGUUUGUCCCGAAAAUAAAAAAAAACCCCCAGGCAGUUGCCGUAGCAACCGGCUUAGGUGUCAGUAGGCGUGUUUGGUGAUCAGAUUUAA